AUCAUUCCUUUUUUUGUUUUGUUUCCAGACCCCAUGAACAAUUGAACGCCAAUUUCUUCUUCUUCUUCGUCGCUCUUUCUCAGAUUCCUACCAAGCAAGCUUCUUCGAUCUUCCUUUGCUGCAUUUUUUCGUCAGUAAAGAUUCUUCUGCAAUGGACACAAAAGCUCUAGCGAAAUCGAAGAGAGCUCACACUCAACAUCACUUCAAGAAAUCUCAUUCAGUUCAUAAGCCGAAAGGAGUUACAGAGACUUCCAAAAAUCCAGAGAAGAAGCCGCAAGGAAACCAAACCGGGGCUCUGAAAACAAAGAGUCCGGUUCAAUCUCGCCGUGUAUCUGCACUACCGUCGAAUUGGGACCGGUACGAUGAUGAACUCGAUCUUGGUUUGGAUAAUGCUUCUGGAGAUUCGUCGACGAGUGAAGUUAUUGUGCCAAAAAGCAAAGGAGCAGAUUAUCUGCAUUUGAUAUCUGAAGCUCAAGCUGAGUCUCAAUCAAAGAUUGAAACCAAUUCAGAUUGUUUAUCAUCGUUAGAUGAUCUUUUACACGAUGAAUUUAGUCGUGUGGUUGGAUCUAUGAUCUCGGCUAGAGGGGAAGGUAUACUUUCAUGGAUGGAAGAUGACAACUUCAUUGUUGAAGAAGAUGGCUCAGCUUCUAACCACGAGUUCCUCUCCUUGAACUUGAAUGCACUGGAGAAAAUGCUAGAGAAAGUGGAUUUGCAUGAGAGACUCUACAUUGAAGCUGAUGUUUUGCCUCCUGAGCUGUGUACAGUUCAAUCAAAUGUGAGCCACGAUGAAGAACCGUGUCAUUCAAAAGAUAUCACAAUGAGGCUAAAUGAGCCGGUUCAACAAGAAGAAUCAUCGGUCUUGGAGGCUGAGUCUCUGGAUCAAGUCAAGGACAUACCAAUACUCACAGACCAGUCAGAGAAAUCUUCAGAAAUUGAAGCUGAUAUAGAUUUGCUCCUCAACUCGUAUAGUGAUGAGCCUAACUCAGUGGCUAGUGCCUCAAGUACAUCCAUUCAGAAAUCUUCAGCUUUUGAAGAUGAGUUGGAUUCUCUGCUCAACUCUCGUAGUGAGGCAGAACCAUUCAACAAACCAGCGAAGCCAUCUGAUCAAAAGCUUAAGUCGACGGGUUUUGAUGACGUGCUUGAUGAUUUGCUCGAAAGUACUUCAGUAUCGAUCAAACCACAGCAGAGCCAGACCUCUUCAUCGUCCUCCUCCGUUGGAAAAUCCAAAGUUUUAGAUGAGUUUGAUUCUUGGUUAGAUACGAUUUGAUUUACAUAUGUUAGCUUCAUACUUUUUGUAAUCUAUAAAAGAAAGAUUAACAUUUGGUAAUGGCUCUUCAAAUCUUCUUUUGAUCA